GAUGGUCGGGGCUUUGGCAUCGGGACUCUGGUGUUUGGAAAGCUGCGAGGUUUCUCCUGGUGGCCCGGCCGGAUUGUUUCCUGGUGGAUGAGCGGCCGGAGUCGAGCUGCAGAUGGCACUCGCUGGGUAAUGUGGUUUGGUGAUGGCAAAUUCUCUGUGGUCUGUGUGGAGAAGUUGAUGCCCCUGAGCGCUUUCUCAUCUGCCUUCCACCAGCCAACCUACAACAAACAGUCCAUGUACCGGAAAGCCAUCUUCGAGGCUCUGCGGGUGGCCAGCGUCCGGGCGGGGAGGCCAGUUCCUUCCUGUGAUGGCAGUGAUGAUGCGGAGGGGGUGGAUCUUCAGACCAGAGAGAUGAUAGAGUGGGCCAUGACCGGCUUCCUGCCCGCUGGUCCACAAUCAUUGGACCCUCCAGAGGAGGAACAAAAUCCAUAUAAGGAAGUGUACCCAGAGAUGUGGGGGGAGCCUGAGGCUGCGUACACACCUCCACCUGCAAAGAAACCACGCAAAAACACGCAAGAAAAAGCAAAGAUCAGAGAGGUGAUCGACGAAGGGACCAGAGAGAGACUUAUAUUUGAGAUCAAAAAGAAGACCAGGAAUAUAGAAGAUAUCUGCAUCUCCUGUGGAAGCCUCAAUGUCUCCCUGGAGCAUCCUCUGUUUGUAGGAGCAAUGUGCCAGGGCUGCAAGAACUCGUUCCUGGAGUGCGCCUACCAGUAUGACGAUGAUGGCUACCAGUCCUACUGCACCAUCUGCUGUGGAGGCAGGGAAGUGCUCAUGUGUGGCAACAACAACUGCUGUAGGUGUUUUUGUGUGGAGUGCGUGGAUCUCCUGGUCGGGGCUGGCUCAGCAGCGGCAGCCAUCAAAGAAGACCCCUGGAACUGCUACAUGUGUGGACCCCGCAACACCUACGGCCUACUGCGACGGCGGGAUGACUGGCCCUGCAGACUACAGCAUUUCUUUGCCAACAACCACGAGCAGGAAUUUGAGCCGGCCAAGUUGUAUCCCCCAGUUGCAGCAGAGAAGAGGCAACCAAUCAGAGUCCUCUCUUUAUUCGAUGGCAUUGCCACAGGUCUUCUGGUGCUGAAAGAUUUGGGCAUCCAGGUCGAAAAGUAUGUUGCAUCAGAGGUGUGUGAAGACUCCAUCACUGUCGGCAUGGUUCGACACGAGGGACGCAUCAUGUACGUGGGAGACGUACGCACCGUAACUCGCAAACAUAUCGAUAAAUGGGGACCAUUUGACCUGGUGAUAGGAGGAAGCCCCUGCAACGACCUUUCCAUAGUCAACCCUGCAAGGAAAGGACUUUAUGAGGGGACCGGCCGGUUGUUUUUUGAGUUUUACCGUCUGCUGCAUGAGGCGCGGCCAAAACCCGGCGACGAGAGGCCGUUCUUCUGGCUGUUUGAGAACGUGGUCGCUAUGGGAGUCAGCGACAAACGGGACAUCUCCCGCUUUCUAGAGUGCAACCCAGUGAUGAUCGACGCCAAGGAAGUUUCUGCUGCCCACCGCGCUCGCUAUUUCUGGGGAAACCUGCCCGGCAUGUCCAGGUUGUGCUUUUCUAAAUACUGCAGGCCACUGACACCGAUGGCAAACGACAAGCUGGACCUACAGGAGUGCCUGGAGCAUGGCCGCACAGCCAAGUUUGAGAAGUUGCGUACGAUAACGACACGCUCCAACUCUGUGAAGCAGGGGAAAGACGAGCAUUUCCCCGUCUACAUGGACAACAAGGAGGACAUACUGUGGUGCACCGAGAUGGAAAGGGUGUUUGGUUUCCCCGUCCACUACACCGACGUGUCCAACAUGAGUCGUCUGGCCAGACAAAGGCUUCUGGGGCGUUCGUGGAGCGUCCCUGUCAUCAGGCACCUUUUUGCUCCUCUGAAGGAGUAUUUUGCCUGCAACUAGUCACACACACCAACUCCCUCCCACGUACAGACACACACAUAUAAACAGAAACAGACACUGAUAACCAUACACAGUGUACAGUCAGUACAUGAAGGUUGGCUGACGCAAAAUGAAACAGAUGACCGGACAUAGACACACAAACACUCACAUACACACUCUGUAAAGGACUGCUUCCUGAGAUCCCUUGUAGACCACUGGCUGACCUUAGUCCCCUGGUGCUACCGUGCUACCACACACACACACACACACACACACACACACACACACACACACACACACACACACACACACACACACACGGGUACAGUUUUCUGUCAUACACAAACUUCCUGUCCGACCUUGAAACUGAUGUCUUCUGGCUUUACUGUGUCGUAUCAGCUGGAGUUCAAACCUCCAGGGGGCGCCAAACUAACACAGAUGCCCUGCCUUUUUUCUGUCUUUAAGAUCUCUAUGAAUACAUACAAACAGACCAAUGAGUCCCGCAACACUUUACUGUAUUCAUGUGUUGUGAAAACAGAAAGACACACAAACACACGUAACAUUUGUGGUGCUGGUCAGGCAGUGAUACAAUCGAAAUGGUGCCACUUUAAUACAACACUUUUACAGAUUUUGGUGCUCUUGGAGACUGAAUGGUCUCUGCUUGUUUCAGUCGCUGCAGUUUUGAGUUCAAAUAGACGAACAGGUGGAGGCAACAGCAGGCAAAACAGGUAGCUGUGAGGUUUAAGGAUUGAAUGAGGGUGCAGGAGAGUGUCCAAAAGGAAGAUAACGCAGCUUAGAUUUCUUGAUGCAUGCUCCAGGUAAGGAAAUCCCAAAAAGUUGAUUCUGGACAUAGCGCUUUCAAUGGGAGGAACGUUUCGCUCGAGUGAACAGCGGAAGUGGAUGAACAUUGUACCACAAAGGCUUCAGUAAAGCUGGGAAGACACCUAAAGGAAGCUCCAGGCAAUCCUGGAAAGAAGGACAACUGCUACCUAAGCAAAAAUGUUUGUUGAUCAUUUUUUUUCAGGAGUAAUAGAACAGCUGAGACGUAUUUUCUGUAAACACCACGUCUCGGUAGCUUUCAAACCCUAAAACACCCAGCGCCAAAAAUUGCUCCCCCCAAAGGAUCAGGUCCCCCAGCACAAACAGAGUAAUAUAGUUCACCCUGUUAAGUGCCAGAAGGAUUGCCAUGAUUCAUACAUUGGGGAAAUCAAACAACCUCUGGCUAAGCGGAUGGCAUCUCUGAAUUGAGGAGGACGCCUAAGAGUUCAUCUUUUCACUUUCAUGCUGUGAUUGCAGUCAUUCCCCAACUCUCUGUGAAUGGUAUGGCAAUUUGCAUGUUUAUGAUCAUGAAACUGACCUCACAGUCCAUUGUUACUCACUGGUGCUAGUUUUAGUCAUUAUGCAAAGGUACUGUUUAUAAGGUUGGGGAAACCUGCAGUCAGGUGAGACUGAGGAAGUCACUGAAAAUGCUACGUCCAGAUGAACAGAAUCAACUUUUUGGGACCAGCUCAGAUUAAUAUAUAGAUCGUUUUUCUUAGUGUGACUACAGCUUAAUAAGACUAUAACCUUUAAAUGUUUCUUAAAGGAGGAGGAUGCUCUUGUGCUACAAAUAAUCCUUGCAGGUGAAUUUAUACCUCAGUGCAAAGAAAAGAAAGAAAAAGAGAUCCACUUUUAUCUAAAGCAAUAUGAAAUAAUAAAAUAAAACAGAAUUUUAUUGGGAUGCAGCUGUGGUUUGAGGAGUUUAUUUUACUUGUUAAUGUUUGAUUUUUGUAUUUUUCAGUAGUUUCUUGUGUCUCCAGGGUGGACUUACUAUUAUCACUUUAGUUUCAGUGUUAGUUUUACUUCUCCUUAUUAUGAAAUGUAUGGUAGUUUUUAUCAUGAUGGAAUAAUACAAUACAACAAAACAAACACAGAGAUGAAGACAUCCUGGUGUCCUCAACCUGGUUGACAAAUUGACUAAAACCGAAGACAGUUGCUGUAUAGUUUAAUAUUUUAUAUAGUUUUGUAAGUGUUUUGGUUAGUUUUCGUUUUAUUUCAGUGAACUAAUUUGUGGUUUAGUUUCAGUUAACUUUAACAGCCUUAUUGUAAGAUCAAAAUGCUGACAUAUAUAAAAGCAAAAAACCUUCUGAAUGUAAACAAAAGUUAUGAAAUUCAAAACUAGUACAGUAGAAACAUCCUUGCUGCUGUCUGCAUCCUCAGUGUUUAGAGUGCCCUCUAGUGGGAGACAACCAUACUUCAUACUGCAAAUGUACUCUAUACACCGUAUAUAAAACACAAGCUACUUCUACUUUCCUCACAACAAGCAAACCAUCUGUGUACUGUACUGAUUACUUCCUGGUGGUUUUCAGACACUAGGUUCACGAAUGCUUUUAAUAAUGAAAAUAUUUCCUCGUGUUUCACUUACGCUGGGAUGACAACUGUUAAAUGACUUUGGUGCUCAUUUUCAAUGUAAUAUUACUCUGAUGUCACUCAGCUGAUGAUCAUCAGGAACAAGUAGAUGUCAUCAUAUUAUACCAAAGUUUGCCUCGUUAACAUUAUUGAAGGCAGAAGACGACGUUCAUUGGAUGUUAGGUUGAUAGAUUUGAAGUUAAAUUCAAGUAAUCUCAAAUUUAACUUGAUUAUCUUUUGACUUCCUCUAUUUCUUCAAGGUAUUAUUUAGGGAUAAUGGGAAAUUUCUGUAAAAUGUUAUGCUAACAACUCUCCAGCAUCAUAAAUUCCAAACAUUAAGUAAUGUGCAAAAUAAUUUAGUGUUUGAGUGGAUUUGAGAUCAUGAAAUGCAAAUAUAUUUAUUGUUUAGGACGUGGCACAGUGUCCUCCAAAUGUGUACUAACUGCACUAACUCCAAUGCUUUUGUUGUCUGUUUUUGAACUGGCAUUUGAACAUAAGAUCCAAAUACUGCCAAGAUACCAAAGUAGAAACUGGAUUUAGCUUUUGUUUCAUUCUAUUCAUAUUUUAUUUUUUAUAUGUACAGUGAACUCAAAUGUAUACUAACAGUAUUCCGAGUUUCAUAUGAAAAUCUCACCUCAAAAUAGAAGUGAACAGUUUUAAUCAAACUUUUUUUUCUUUAAAUUCACAUCAACUUAGCAGAAGAAGGUCUAGAUCAGCUGAUUUUGGCAAUUCCUUAAAUAUGUUAGAGAGAAAUCAGCCGUUGGUGAAGUAGGACCAUGUAAUACCACUUUGUACCACAAGAUAGCACAUCAGGUUUAUGUAUUAUUACUUAGGCUGGCAGUCUGGCAAAUGAAAGGAGUAAAUGAAUGAAAGGCCUCUUGAGGAAUAAAAGCAAAUAUCAGAGGGUAAAACCAUAUCAACAGAGCCACAUGGAAAACACUGCCCCCUGAUGGUGAAGGAUUUAGUUAAAAGCUGCAAACAGCUGCAAAAAGCACCUUUAAAGAGAAAGCCCCUCGAGGCAUUUAUUUGGACAGUUUUGAAAUACUAUCUAAAUUAGCUUUAAUUUCAAAGGUCACUGGGACAUAAGAAACAGAAAUAAGAAAAAGAAAGAAGGUAUUUUUCCCCUGGAAGUUAAACUUCUAUCAACAUAGCAAAAUUCCCAGGAUCUCAGUUCAGGAUGUCUGUGUCUCUGUUUAUGUGCUUUCAAUCUCCAACUCCAACCAUAGGGAAUAUAAAGGACAGGAUUUUAUCCAUCAACUUAAAAUAACCAGUAGUCUUUUCUUGCAUUGCCCCCUGCUGGUCAUUCAAAAAAAAAAAAAAAAUCCAGGUUUAAGGCACUUCUGUUUUUUACAGAAUGAGGUUAAACUCAUUCUGCAGGAUUAUUUCUGCCUGCAGAGCACCAUCGCCUCCGAGAAGCAUUAACCUAAAACAUUGGUGGUUAGAAGUAGAAGACAUUCAGCAUCCUCUUCUCAGCAGCAUUUUACGCUCCCUCCUCUUACAAUGCAGCUUCUUUCUGUGCCUCAGCUCCACUGUCAGUUAAGUGACUAGUCUGCCAUCCCCCUGGCACUCGUUCUCCCCCUGUGCUUCACAGGGAUCCAAAACGUCCUACAGUCACCGUUCUGCGUCGGCUGAAAGCAGAGGCCGACUUUACUCUGUGGACAAUAUGCUGGCUUUCUACUUCCUGUGACUGAAACAGAUAGCCCUGUAUAAAUAAAAAGAAGCUUCCUUAUGUAACACAGGUUCAGCUGUGUGAGCCUUCUUGGGUGUUUCAUCUGCCUUUCACCCAAUGCAUGCUGGGAUGAACUCAGCUGCUCUGUGAAGAGGAAAUGUCAUCCAGUGUGGUGGCUGUAUUUAUUACACACACACACACACACACACACACUAUGAGAAACAAGUUCAUAUGUAUGUUUUAUUUAGACAGGGCUGCCUUUAGAGAAAACACUUCAGUCUGGUGCUUUUGGUCCUCGGACGACCAUCUUUUCCAGGAAGCCUUCCGAUCCUCAGACCUUCCUCAGAUACCAGCUAACAACUGGACACAUGCAGUCUAUGCCGUCUCACACACACAAACACACACACAGACCUUCACACAAACAUGCACAACCUCUCAUAGCCACAGUAAGCCAGCAGGUUCAAAGAUUUUGUUCCAUCGUGUUUACUCUCCGUUUCUACAACCAACCUUCAGGUGCUUUUUAAACUCUGCUCUUUUUUACAGUGCUCUUCCUGCAGGUCUCACACACACUCACACUCUCAUUUGCUGGAAACAACCUUCACGCUUCUCCUUUCGCUACAGAACACCCAACACCGCUACACUCACACAUACAUACACACUGUGUUCUUGCCGGCCGCCUGUCCGCCAUCAGGCUUUCCGCAGCGCUGCUGGCUGUGACAUCAUCAUGGCCCACGACGCUUGGUGCUCCCAAAUCCUGCCCACCCUUACCCUAAUCUCUCCCUCACUCCAAUAACCCCACCUCGCCCUGCCCUGCCCCGCCCCUCCCCAGGUGCUGCAUGUCAGUCAGUCAGUGUAAUCUCCGAUUCCAUGUUAGAUUAGGGAGUAACGAUAAUAAUAAUAUGGUAAUAAUAAUUACGGUAAUAAUCUGUUAUUGUGUGUGUGUACUGUUCCAGGUUGGUGCUCAGUUCAGUUCAGUCUCAGCCUAGAGUGGAGAGAGAGAGGCUAGAGAAAGCAUAUAUUACAGUUAGUAUAGUGACUUGUUCUAUUUUAAAUCGUUGAAGCUAUGAGCCACGCGAUGCUCUCAAACAGAGACGGGUUGAGUUAAAGCUGUCUGUAAAAGCUGAAUUUCCACUGGCACAAGGCGGUUCCCAGUCUGGAGGUCCUGAGACUUAAGAAACGUAUUAAUAAAAUACAUGAGCUUCACAGAAUUUUAUCAUUUCAGAUUUAUUUAAGGCCGUGUGCAGAUCUGAUCCAUGCCAAAACAUUUAAAUCAAAUUUAAUAACUUAGUUCCUAAAGUUUUGGUCAACCGGAAAUCUGAGCUUCUUCAGAAGCUGUUAAACAGUUAAAUAACUUCACAACUUUUAGAUGGGGAUAUUUAUACCUAGAUGUAUAUACACGCCAAAGUAGCAAUAAGAUUAAAGUACCUGCCUAAUAUUGUAUAGGCCCCCCUCAAUCUGGGAAGUUUAGAGGCCACAUCCAAACAUCAGGCUUGUUGUUGCGUUCCUCGAGCCAUAUUUGUGGUGUGCUGAGGGAGACCACUGCCAUUGGGGAGUGCCCUUGCCAUAAAAUGUGUGAGCUUGACAUGUAAGCCAUUGCUUGGUGGGCGUUUUGUGACAAAGUGACACCUGACUGUACGCCAGGAUCCAAAUUUCUCAGCAGAGCAUCGCAUUAAAAGCGUGAUCACUCACUGCAGCUGCCAGCGGUUUAAGUCUUGGGGCUCACCGGCGUUUGUUAUAUUUGCUCUGGAGGCUGCUGGUUCAGCACAGGCAUGACGAUUUUCAGCCUGUUUACAGUUUCCAGCUGUUUAUUUUCCUUUUCUCCAACACGUCUCUGUGUGAGAGGUCCAUGGGGGGGAAAAGUGUGAGGAAAGGAGCUGACGUUUUUAAGUGAUGGGUGAUACGGUGAUGAUGUUUCUGUUCGCCUAUCGACAGCUUUUAGGCUGAGUGAUGCGCUGUUUUAAACACUGAUACACUUUCAAACACACACAUACAUACACAGACAAACACACACUGCUAUGACACAGAGCAACCGACGCUCACACGCAGAGAUACAUGCACAACACCUACAAAUACAAUGCUGUGGCGCAUGCAGACACUCAUCUCAUGGACUAAAUGUAAGAUGAGCUUUUAGGAAAAGGAGGACCUGUUGGUGUUUCAAAAGGUGCUAAAAUUUUAUCUGAAAACAAGAAAAAUUUAUUGUUAGGAGUAUAAAUCAAGUUUGUCUUUACAUUUACUGUAUUUAUGUUUGCGGUAGUGAAGAAAGGCACUAUUAUUAUUUUACUCUUGUAUGAAUAUGAACUAAUUAAAAAGGCAUUUUAACUUUGUACUUGAACAGUGUAAGAAAUGAACCGUGAAUAAACAAGAACUGUUUAUUGUGA